AUGCUUCAUUUGCACAAGAAACUAAACUUCUGUUUUGUCAUUCUUCUCUUCGUGGCACUGGCUUCAGUAUAUGCUAGAAAAGGUGCUGAAGUUAGCUUCCAACAGAACUACAAGGUUGUAUGGGGAAACCAUCAUGUCUUCUUUCUGCAACAUGGUAGAGAAGUUCAACUCUCGAUUGAUAAGACUUCAGGGGCCGGCUUCAGAUCAAAAUUGGACUAUGCAUCUGGAUUCUUUCAAAUGAGAAUAAAGAUACCAAACAAGGACUCUAGAGGAGUUGUGACAGCCUUUUAUCUGACUUCAAGGUUGUAUGAACAUAUGGGAGAAAAACAUGACGAGAUCGACUUUGAAUUCCUGGGAAACAAUGGAGAGCCUCAUACGUUGCAAACCAAUAUAUUUGCAAAUGAUGAAGGAGGGAGAGAGCAAAGGCAUAGCCUCUGGUUUGAUCCAACAAUAGAUUUUCAUACAUAUGGAGUCCUUUGGAACCAACAUCAAAUAGUGUUUUACGUGGAUGAAAUACCCAUUAGAGUAUUUAAGAACAACUCCAAGGUAGGAGUGAGUUAUCCAUGGCAAGAAAUGCACGUUACCGGUAGCAUAUGGAAUGGUGAACCAUGGGCAUCUAAUGGGAAGAGAAUUGACUGGAACCAAGCACCCUUCACUGCUCACUUUCAAGGUUUCAACAUUCAUGGCUGCCAAAACCAAAACCCUAGCAAAUAUCUCUGCUAUUCUCCUCGUUUAUGGUGGAAUGAUCACAAACAUUCGGAACUAAACCCUCAACAACGAAAGGCAUACCAAUAUGUCACAGAGAAACAUUUGGUCUAUGACUACUGUUCUGACAGAGGACAAUUGCAUAAAGAAUGUCAAAUUAAUUAG